UCUCUCCAAUAUGCGGAAGCUGGUGAUCUUGGUCCAAUGCGUGACCCUGAUUUUCAGAGGGUUGAGUCAAGGAGCUCCAUUACGGCCCGACGAGACGUGGAAAUCUCUGGACAACCCUAGAAACAGAGAAAUGUUUUUCAGAACUCUCAAGGCUUAUGUUUCUGGGAAAGACUUGAAUCUCCUAAAGUUUCCAGAUGGUUUCUCAGUUAAUGAUAAACCUAAACCAGUUGCUUUUCAUUUGGAUCCUGUUGCUUCUGCAUAUGCAGAUUUUGAAGAACAGAAAAACUCACUUACACAUUAUCUCAAAAACUGAAAGAUGUGGCUCAAGGUGUCUGCUUGCCAGAUUAUUUGGAAGCAUCCAUGGAGAAGCGUUUCUAAAUAACUGCCAGGUUGCCAUUUUUCUUAACAGUUGCAUCCUACAUCUAGAAAUGUAAAGCUCACACUGUAUUUUAUUUGUGCUUGUUUAAAUGUAAAUAAAUUACAAAUGAGAAUAAUUACAGCCAACUGGCCGCACUGGAGGACAAUCAAUAAUAAACAUGAGUUAUUACA